AUGACCCUAGCGACAUACACGGCGAGCAUGGCUGUGGAAAAGCCCCAUUUAGCCGUUGAUAUUCCAAGCUAUGUGGAAGGUAUUUAUGUGCUCUUCUCUACCAACACAUUCUUCAUCGAGAGCCAGGCCAUACUAGAUGCCUUAUUCUGUCCUGGCCCUCACAUCCACCACUUAGUUCCUCAGGAGCGCCUUGCCUCCAUUACCUCUCUGGAGCUAAUUUGGGACCUUUCGCUCUUUGGUCGGCUUCCAAAUCCAGAACCAGACAAACCAGGCCACCACCAUGACCCAGACCGCCGCCGAGCUGCUGAUCGGGACAGGCUGGCCACGCACCUCCGCCGUAUUGGCGACGUUGUCCCAAAUUUAACCAGUCUAGUUCUAUCCUUCACUGAGGCCCUCUACUUCGGUAGUGCAGUGAAACCGCGAGACGCUUUAGACGAGAUUGAUCAGGUGCUCCUCAGGCCGCUGGCCGAUGCUGUGGCGUGCCUCCCGCGGCAGAAGUGGCCAGUCGUUGUCGAGCUUCCCGAGAAAGUCUUUGAUGCCGUCCGCCGCGCGGCAAGGGACCAGCUAUUGGGAUUACAGCCGCCAAUAGACGAGCAGCACGACGGUGUCUGGUCACAAUACCCUCUAAGCCCGAGUGGAGAUCAGGCGAGCUCAGGUGAUGGGCUGAGCCCUAUUGCUAGCUCUGCACCUAAUCUAAGACGCCGGUAUGAUACAGAUGGGGAUCAGUAUGGGGAUCAGUAUUCUUACUAUUAUAUUAAAGAAGGCGUUUGCACUACUCGCUACUGGGAAUGCACGAUGACUUAA